CUCGCGGUCGGUGCCGGCAACCAUUUUGAUUUCUUUUCGGCGUCGCUCUCGCCCAGUAAUCAAAUCUAUAAUUUUACACUGUUACGAUUUGCUUUACAUAUUAAUCGUGUUCUACUAGAACAAGCUACAAGCUUAUAAUUGUAUUUCAAUCUUUAACCUAAAAUGGCCAACCGAAGACCUCCUCCCAGUGGACGACGUAUGGACUUCAUGCGAAACGAUCGAGGAAAGAACUUUCGCCCGGGCGUGUCACCAUGGCAGGGGGGAGCACCAGGCAACGAUAUUCCCAAUUUGUUACCUAUAACUGGUGGCUCAACUGAAGCUACUCUUGCCCUGGCGAGCAACAUCAUCAAUCUUCUUCAGCCCCGUCAAAACUCUGUCCCGUCUUUACUUGACAUGCCUAUUCGUCGUGACUUUGGUCCACCUAUGGGACGGUUUGAUCGUGGAUAUCCACCAAAUCGGAUGGGCAAUCAAGGUAAUUUCCGGCGAACGGGAAAUUACAACCGCUCUGGUGAGCGUAUGAACAGCAAUCGUAAGCCAUUCAGGCCCAAUGAUGGGCAAAGGCAACAAAACAAGAGUUCCCCGAAAAAGGAUGCCGACCCUAAAAAUAAACCCAAGGAGAGUGAACAAGAAAAAGAGAAGUCUGAUGGUACUGAAAAAGUGGAAGACAAACAAGAAGAGAAGAAAGACAGUCAAAAGACCAGAUAUGAUGAUAUUAAUCAGCAACUAUUGAGGUGCCACAUCUGUAACAAGAGUAUGUGGGAUGGAAGAUCUUUUGAAAAUCACCUAAGUGGGCGGGCUCACUCCAUCAUGAUGCAAAAGACAGUUGAGAGCUAUGCUUUGACUGCUGAUACUAUGAGGCAGGAGUUUAAGAUUCGCGACAUGAAACGUAACCGUAAAUCGGGCCAGCAACCGACACGUGACUUCUACUGUGCUAUGUGUGAUAUGUAUGCAGCAGAUGGAUCUGGUCAUCGCACCACUGUCGGCCACCGCAAGCUGAAGAAAUAUUUACACCCCACUUGCACUGCCUGUCAUAAGGAAAUGCCUACUAGAAUUGAGCUGGAUGAACACCGUUUGACUCCAGAACAUCUUAGGAUGAUACAGGACAAGCAAGAUGUCAGUGGAAAGCUGAAACCUGAAGGUAACAAAAAGAAAAUCCAUCCAGCUCCAUGGCUUACGGACGAUAUUAAGUUAUUAUUAGAGAAGAAAAAGAUUUUAAAAGCCAAUUACCAGGCAAACAAAUCUGAGGUACUUGGGGAAGAAUACAGACAGAUUCGCAAUCGAUGCAAUAUUCUAUGUAGAGACGCGCAACGCCGCUAUGAGGCUGGCGAUUCAGUAAUGAUGAUUUCGAACCUGCAAGCAGAGCAACAAUACCUCCGUGACGAUAGAGAUCGCCAGCGCAAUCGGAAGCAUAUGGGUGACAAGGGAAAAAAUAAGGCAGAAAAAGAAGUAGAAGUGGAAGAAGGACAGGAAAAAGAAAAGAUAGAUGGUGAUGAAGAAAAGGCAGAUGAAGAAGACAAAGUGAAAGAUAGCAUUGAUAAGGAGGACACAAUUCUAGACUACACAGAGGGUGAAGAUCUUACUAACAUAACUGAUGACAAAUACCCUGUUUAUAGCACUGAACGUGGUGUGGGCCGUUCAUUCCUUUCUGAAUUCAAAUGCUUCCAAUGCCAACUCUGCAAGAAGCUCCUUGACUCAGAGGAAACAGCCGAAGUGCAUCUACGUACUUGGAGGCACCACCAGCUUUUUGUGAGAUUACUAAAUGAGAAGAGUGGUAAAGAGCAGACUAUUGAAGCCCGCGAGCCAUUUAAGCGCCCACACAACAUUGAGGAAUCCGGCAACUGGAAGCGUCGUAAGACCUCUCCAGAGCCAAACGAUUCCGAAGAAGCGGCUGAGCCUGGUCAUACCGAUGCUGGUGUCAAAGAGGAGAAAGCUGAUGACGUCGACAUGGAGGGAGAGGCUAUCGGUGAGUCGGAAUCACCAAAACCCGACGAUCUCGAAGACUGGGUGCAGAGUGUUGACGAGUUACUUGAAGAAGUUGGCGAUGAUAAAGAUGAUUCAGCCGAGAUAAACGAAAAGGACAUAGUAAAGGAAGAUACUGAUGAACAGCCAGAAUCUAAAAUAAAAGUUGAAGAGAAUGCAAUAACAGAUGAAGAAGAAAACGAAAUAAAAAGCGAAGUAAAGUCAGAAGACGAAAAUCCACCACCAACUCCAUCAAAGCGUAUCACUAGAGGGCGUGGACGUGGACGACGCAGGAAUUAAUAAUACUAAGAAUUAUAUAGUCAUUUGCAGAUCUAGUUUGCUAAAAAGUUGUUAUAAUUAUUAUUAUUAAGCUGUCAAAAGACAUCUUAUAAAAUGGUAACUACAAUAGCUACAUUAUUUGGCUAUAUUUUUUAUUAUUACUUAUUCAUGUGAAAUUAAAUGUAUUUCGUUGGUUUCAGUCUCCUAAUUGCAUUGUAAUUUUUUCUUUCAAAUUAGUACUAUCAAUAAGUAUCUCUCUCAUAUUAUUAAAAACAUAAUUGUAUUUAGCCUCAACCUUUGCCCUAACUUUGUAUUUUUUUGAUCACAUAAAGUUAUGUUAAGUAAGACAUCACCCGAAAAAAAGCGUAUAAUGUUCUUGGUCUAUAUUGGCAUACAUAAUAUUUUAGAAACUUGUAAAUGCUAGUUAUAGCAUUGUCGAAACAAACAUCUCUUAUAUAUAAACUCAUUUCUUAUAGACUAAAAUAGGUAUUAAAUUAUCAAACGAAUAUAAUACAAAUCUUUUCAAUAAAAAUAAAUCCCUUAGAAAAAUCUCUCGUACAAGUGUAACAGUCAAUAACAAGUCUGAUACCAAGCAGCUUUCUAAAAUUUUCUUUACAACUGUAAAUAAUAGACAAUAAAGAGCCCCUUACAUGAGGUAUUUAGUUCGAAUUAUAUCUGAUACUCUUUAACAUAGCAUUAAGUAUAGUCGGCGCAUUAUGAACUAAGGCUUCUUUGGGUAAUAAAUCAUAUUUAUCUGUCUGUGUCAUUCGCACUUACAGGUCUUAUGAAUAACAUAUCGAUAACAACAUUAUGUUAAGUAUUAAUAUGAAUAAUUUUCGUUUUCUGAAAAUAAAAGGUUUUUAAUUUGUAAGAUAAAUUUCACCAUUUAAUUUUUUUAAAACCAUGUUAGAAAUUAAAUUAUACAUUGUGCGUAUUGCGCAACGAAACGUAAGUAAUGUAAUGAGUGUCAUAACAAAACAAUCUUAUAUUUAUAGAAAAACAACUAUUAUUCAUUAUAACCAAUCAGGAAUUGAGUGCUGUGCUGGUAGCUAAGUAUCGAUAAUGCAUUGCAUUGUGUGCCCAAUGAAUCAGGAUUAAAAUGUGUCGACUUUAGUAUUCUAAUAUGUAAUUUUACUUUUUAAAGCUUUGAAUUAUGCAGACAAAAUUACUUAUUUAUAUUUAAUAAAAGAUAACUGUACAUUGUUGA